GGUGUUUCUCAGUGACUGGAAGUAAAGUUCAACAACAGAGAUUGAACUAUUUAUUCCGUAAAUUAGUACGACACCCAUUCAUAUAUGUCCCGCCUCACGGAGUCUCAAUUUAAGGCUGCUCUGUAUGAAACUGUAGGGUAGUUUAGCUGUGAACUGGUGAGCUUCCCUGCAGUGAUAUGUUGACUGGGAAAUGGAUGAUGGAUUUCUGUGUAUGUGAAUUAUUGCAGUUUUCGAUGGUCCUGGCUCUGAUCGUCUUACUUUUGGUUGUUGUGAUUGCUCAUGUCAGUGCUCAGGUGGUAGAUCAGACUCGCCAUGAGAAGGAGAAGCACUAUUUGACUGCAAAGGGCAAAAAAGAGCCUUUUCCCAGUCUGAUGGACCCUCCCUCAUUGGAGCUGUCUGUGGUUGUCCCUUCCUAUAAUGAGGAACUCAGAUUGCCUGCUAUGAUGGAUGAAGCCAUGGAAUACCUGGAGAAAAGACAGAAUGAGAAUCCAUUAUUCACAUAUGAAGUUAUUUUAGUAGAUGAUGGCAGCAAAGACAAAACUACAGAGGUUGCCAUGAAAUACACAAAAAAGUAUGGAGCACAAAAAGUGAGAGUUCUGACGUUGAUGAAGAACCGUGGAAAAGGCGGUGCAGUUAAAAUGGGAGCACUAAGCUGUCGCGGGAAGCUCAUUCUUAUGGCUGAUGCUGACGGAGCCACUAAAUUUGCUGACAUUGAAAAGGUGGAAGAAGCUCUUGAGAGCAUCAGUGAGAAGCCUGAUAACAUGGCGAUCUCCUGUGGAUCCAGAGCUCACAUGGAAGAAGAAUCAGUGGCUCAGCGGUCAAUGUUCCGAACGUUUCUGAUGUAUGGAUUCCACUUCUUGGUGUGGUUCUUUUGUGUGAGGGGGAUUAAAGACACACAAUGUGGAUUUAAGCUCUUCACUCGUGAGGCUGCCUUGAAAACUUUCUCCAGCCUGCAUGUGGAACGCUGGGCAUUUGAUGUGGAACUUCUCUACAUUGCUCAGUGUUUGGACAUCCCUGUAUCAGAAGUGGCUGUUAACUGGACAGAGAUUGAAGGGUCAAAGUUGGUGCCGAUCUGGAGUUGGCUACAGAUGGGCCGGGAUCUAGUCUUUAUCAAACUGCGUUACUUAACUGGUGCCUGGAGGCUGGAGUCUGAGAGAAAAACUCAGUAGCUGUUGUUACUGCCAGUGUGCUGCUCGUGAGCUAACAGGGGCCGAUGGUUAAACGCAGUCCUUUGCCACAAAUGAGUGCACUGCGUACGCAAUCAGUGAACAGCAUUAGCAUUUCAUUAUCACUGACCGUGCCGUGACCACAUAAGGGGAUUGUCCUUGUAUUUUUAUUUUUUUAAUGUAAUAUCGCUGUUUUUCAUGUUUUUCUUUUACAUACUAUUGGUUUAGAAAUGGGGCAGAUGGUUCUUGGCCAAAUAAAGAAAAAUUAUAAUCAGUUAGCGUUUCUGCAUUUACAAAUAAUUUGAAAAUGUUGCACAGAACCAGAUGAAGACAAAAUGAUGCAGUUUUUAC